ACGUAAUUAUGCGGAAACGCUUUCUCAAAAAAAUAAAAAUUUAAUUUUUAAUAUGUUAAAAUUCCAAACCAAUAACUUAUAAAUUAAUUUUUUCAGCAAAUCCAUUUGUACGACAAAGAACAAAGUACAUACAUCCCCACCAGUUCGUUUACGCCAAACGGCGACAGACCGGUAACAAUUCUUUUAUUUCAACGCAGUAUUUCAACGCACGUAUUCGAAAUGGAUGGACGUGUCGUCUCACUCAUUGUCCUUUUACUUUGCUUAAUAAAAAAUGUCGCAGACGCAGAUGUGAUUAGACGAAAAAGAAUUGUCGGCGGAAUUCCGGCCGCGAAGCCUCCCGAGGACGAUCCGGUAGUUUUUGUAAAUAGAAACGGUCGAGAUGCGCGUAUUAUUGGCAUCCGUGAUCCUGACAAGGGAUUCUAUGUUUUUCGCGGAAUCAGAUUUGGACAACCACCAACCGGUCGAGCCAGAUUCCAGCGAGCCUCGCCCGUUUAUCUCGAAGGUGAAUACAACGCCACAACGUGGGGACCUCCUUGCCCUCAGCCCAGCCGCAAUGAAACCGGUAGAAUUAUUGGUAGCGAAGAUUGCCUCUUUCUGAACAUCUUCACCCCAUCGCUUCCGGAUUCCAGCGGUGGUUAUCCUGUACUGGUGUGGAUCCACGGAGGUGGUUUUAGAAGAGGCUCGGCGUGUCAAUAUGAAAUGAGAAAUCUUAUUAGAAAGAAGCUGGUUGUCGUGUCUAUCCAGUACCGAUUAGGGACAUUAGGAUUUUUGAGUACAGGUACACAGGAGAUGCCGGGAAACAACGGUAUGUUCGACAUGAUGCUGGCUAUCGACUGGGUGAAGGAUUACAUAUAUUUCUUCGGCGGUGAUCCCAACAAGGUAGUGGCCUUUGGCCACGGCACCGGCGCCAGUUCCUCUAUGAUGCUAGCGUUAUCAAAAUUCUGUGAAAAUUGCUUUCACGGUUUGAUCGCGAUGUCCGGCUCCAUUUUAUCUCACUUCGCUAUCGACAAGGACCCCUCCGCGACCGCCAGACACGUAGCAUAUAAAAACGGCUGUCCGACGGACGAUACGCGAAGAAUGGUGGACUGUCUGCGAGAAUUGCCGGUGGAAAAAUUGAUCAGCGUCGAUUCGGAGUUAGAGAGUAUCCGCGCGAAUGCCCGAGGUUUCCUUUCCGGCUUAGCCGAUCUACUUGGACCCGGUCCCGUCGUAGAAGGUUUCAACGACGGGAGAUCACUUCCGAACUUUAUGACCACGUCGCCGGAAGAUUCCCUGAAGCUCGGCAAUUUUCCAUCGAUACCGCUAUUAACGGGAGUCAUGAGGGACGAAACGGGAGGUGCCAUUCUCGGUCAAUACAAAGACGAAGUGCAAAACAAACUGCGCACGAUUCCGGAUUAUUUGACCAGUGACUUCAUACCAUAUUUGCAAGAAACUAUUCCGCAUAUCGAGAAUGGGUCGCGGUUCAUUCCGCAAGCUUUCCGCAGCUACUUCGACAUGUUUCAAGGUGACGACACUUCGAAUAUCAUUGGGAAAGUCGCGGAAGCUUUGGGCGAUUCUCUCUAUAAUGCUCCCGCUUUUCUAACUGUUGAUCGCUGGUCUAAAAAGGCAAAUGCGUUUUUGUACACUUUCGAUCAUAAGGGAAAAAGAAAGUACGGCAAAGACUUUCUCACCGGACUGCCAAUCGUCGACGCUAAACGAUCCUCGGAUGGUAAUUUGAAUCACGGUGACGAUCUAGGAUUUAUCUUUAAUCGAAACACAAUCACCGGUGAAAAAGUGAACGACAACGGAGAGCCGGACGAAGCGGAUGAACAUGUAACUGACAUUUUUACAGAUAUGAUAGCGAAUUUCGCGAGAAGUGGUACGAUUAGUGUACCUACUGGAAAUGUACGUUCAAAUGGCAGCACUUGGAUACCAGAUAUAAUUCCACAAUUCUCGAGUGACACAAAUUCCUUCGUCAGUAUCACGACAACUCCAAAAAACAUGAAUAACUUCAGAUAUUGUGAAAUGGGAUUGUGGACGGUUGCACCAGAACGAUUACAAUCGUCGACAUGCAGUCUGUACAAAGUACCUCUCAAAUUAAUAGAACAAGGUGCUAAAGAAACGAAAUCUGUAAUUGAGAAACCUCUCGACACGCUCGACAAGUUUGUUCCCAAAUCCGGCCUCAAUAUCGCGGGAAAAUCAACAGAUCGGAAGAUCGAAGAACCAAAGAGAGCUGAUACAACGCAACAAAAAACGAAUAAUAGAUUAUUAACAAAGGUACCUAUACCGCAGAUACCAUUCGGCGGUUAAAUUAUAAUACACAAUACAUUUUUACUUUAUAUAUGAUUUUUUAUUGUAAAAGUACAUGAAAUAAAAGCAUUUAAUCGUUCGA